CCCCGCGGGAGGCUCGGCCCAAUGGGCGCGCGCGGCCGCCAGUGAAUGGGGCGCGCCCCCCCCCCCCAAUCCGGCUGGAUCCUGUUGCGGCGCCGCUGGGAUGGGGGAAGGGCGGGCUCCGACCACUGCGCAGCGACACUAAGAUUCAUUCACGCACAGGCAGCAGCCGCUCGCUGGGAGCGAGUGAACGCGGGGAGCAGCAGCGACCACAGCUGCACUAGCGGGUUGUUGGUCGGGGCCACCGCUCGCCAUGCCGAGGAGAAAGGUGAACGCGGCCGAAGGGGAGGCGCGGGAGGAGCCCAAGAGGCGGUCUGCACGCCUGUCAGCUAAACCUGCCCCCGCCAAAGCCGAGCCCAAGCCAAAAAAGGCAGCAGCAGCAAAGGAUAAAUCUGAGGACAGGAAAGCUCAAUCAAAGGGGAAAAAAGGACCAAAAGGAAAACAGAUUGAGGGGACUAAUCAAGAAGAAACAAACGAUAACUUGCCUGCAGAAAAUGGAGAAAUUAACAGUGCAGAGGCUCCAGGGUCUGAUGCAGCAAGAGAGAAAGAAGCUAAGUCUCAGUAAUAUCUCUACCAAGUCUUUUAUCAGUGGACCCAGUACCUACCUUCCUUGUACAAUUCAGAGGAAUAUUUUUAUCAACUAUUUUGUAAAUGC